UUCUAGAUGGGUGAAUGAUGCCACGACCUAAGUUGUUUCUGCUGUUGCGUGCUAAGGCUUUUUUCACUGUCCGACGUUGGUCUGUUAAUGACUUUACGCUUCGUACGCAUACCUGUGGAGAGCUACGUGUAGGACAUGAAAACCAAGAAGUUACUUUGUAUGGAUGGUUGCAAUUCAGUCGCUUGAAUCGUUUUCUCGUUUUGCGAGAUGCUUAUGGUUGCGUGCAGGCCAGAAUUCCGGAAGAAAGAAAGGAUUUAGUCGAGAAAAUCAGAAUAGUCAACUGCGAAUCUGUUUUAAAAAUUGAAGGAGUAGUAGUAGAUAGAGGUGAACAAUAUCGCAAUGCAGAUAUGCGAACAGGAGAUAUUGAGGUUCUGGUGAAUAAUUUAGAAUUACUGAACACUUCACCAGCAAAUUAUCCGCUGGACGAAGUAACAUCAACAGAAGAAACGAAAUUCCGAUAUCGUUUCUUGGAUUUAAGAACAAAGCGAAUGCAGCGAGCGCUCAGGCUAAGAGCAAAUGUCGUCCAUGGAAUGCGAAAGUAUUUGGUCGAAAAAGCAAACUUUAUUGAGGUUGAAACACCAACUCUGUUUCGACGAACUCCGGGUGGUUCACAUGAGUUCAUUGUUCCUGCACCAAAACCAAAUCUCGGAAAGUUUUACUCUUUGCCUCAAAGCCCUCAACAAUUUAAGCAGUUACUGAUGUGUGGUGGUAUUGACAGGUACUUUCAGAUUGCUCGGUGCUAUCGUGAUGAAGGUGCAAAGUCAGAUCGACAACCUGAAUUCACACAAGUUGACGUCGAAUUAUCUUUCACUGAUCAAGAUAAUGUUAUGAAACUGAUAGAGAGUAUUAUUGUGGAAUCAUGGCCUAAAGAACUGGAUGACUUGAAACCUUCAGCACCAUUUAAGCGGAUAAAAUAUCUGAAGGCUGAACGUUUAUUUGGUACGGACAAGCCAGAUUUGCGUAUUCCAUGGACUAUUGAGGAUUGCACUUCCGAACUUUCAUUCCUACGAAGGCGUGAAAUUCCAAAUUUCGUUGUGAAAAUUUUCAUUGCUAGAAGUGCAGAAAAUGUUGUUAAUGAGAAAAGUUUAAAUGAAUGGACUCGAAUUUUGCGAGACAAUGUAUUAUCACAGAAUUCUAAAUUUCUGAAAAUGUCGGAAAAGAAUUGGUUCGUAGAAAUUCGAGAUGACGUUCUGAUAGAAAAAUUUGGCAUCAAAGAAAAAGAUGUUGCCGUCAUAUCGUGA